UACCAUUCGACUGAGAGAAAAAGCAGGGAAGGACAGAAAAUGAGAAGAGAGAGAGAGUGUGAGAGAGAGCGAGAGAGCGAAGCGAGAGAGACAGAAAGAGAGAGAGAGAGAGCGAGAGCGAGAAAGAGCACAUAGUGCUGCAGUGCCCACAGACCACACAUCCUGAUACAGUUGUCUUUCAAUCAUAACCCAGAGCAGCACAGACUUUUCAGCCCUGCUUUUGGUGGACACUCUCUGAGCAGGGUCCCCAUCAAGGCCUCAGCAAGAAGAGACACGACUGGGACUCCGCAUCCACUGACCCACAGCCCACCUCCCCAGUGAAAGAACCCUGAUGACCAACAAGGGUUCAGUUCUACCAUGGGGAUCCCCCUCAUUCUGCUUCAGGCUCUUCUUCGGCACCUGCCUGGUGCCUCUCCUGUACUUUCUGAGUAUGUAUGGGUGGGGUCUACACUCUGACAGACGCCACAUUGUCACCGUGAACCUCACCAUCCUCCUGUGGCAUUGGCCCUUUGGCCCAUCCUACAGCCUGGAGGGAGACGUGUGCUGGGACAGGUACCGUAUCCCUGGCUGCCGCCUGGUGGACCAGCGCUCCCUCUACCACAGCGCUGACCUGGUGGUCUUCCACCACAGAGAGCUAAUGACGGGCCAGGAGCGGCUGCCCUUCCACCUCCCCCGGGCGAGGCACCAGACGUGGGUCUGGCUCUCCCUGGAGUCCCCUGACAACAAUGGAGACCUGGAGCCCUUCAAUAACGUGUUCAAUUGGACCAUGUCCUACCGCCGUGAUGCAGAUUUCACCAUACCAUAUGGAAAGCUGGUGGCGAAGGACAGAGAUAUGGGUAAUUAUAGCAUCACACAGGGCUACAUUCCUAAACAUAAGUCCCCUCUGGCCUGCUGGGUGGUUAGUCACUACAACCCCCAGCAAAAGAGGAGCUUGGUGUACAACAGCCUGAGGAAAAGCAUCAGAGUGGAGGUGUAUGGGCAACUGGAAGGGAGAGUACUGUCCCCCAGCAAGUUGCUGCCCACCAUCUCACGCUGCUACUUCUACCUGGCCUUUGAGAACUCCAUCUCCAAGGAUUACAUCACAGAGAAGCUCUGGCGGAACGCUUACCAGGCAGGGGCGGUGCCUGUGGUUCUCGGUCCGCCUCCAGAUGACUACAUGGCCGUGGCUCCCCCCAACUCCUUCAUCCACAUUGAGGACUUUCCAUCCACCAAGGAGCUGGGGAACUAUCUCAGCCAGCUAAUACUGGAUAAGGAGAGAUAUGCUGGGUAUUUUGCAUGGCGGCACAGCCAUCAAGUGAAAGUGUACACAGACUGGAGGGAGAGGCUUUGUAGCAUCUGCUCCCAGCAUCACAUCCUGCCUGCUCAGAAGGUGUACCGCGACCUGGAGGCCUGGGUCAGGUGGGGACAUGAAGUCCACUGACAGAGCCUCAAAGGCUUUCUGCAUACCCAAAUGAGCUCCGACUCCAGUGCACUAUUUUUGAACAGGGCCCAUAAGUACACCACCUUGUAAAAAUGCACAGCUUCAGAAGUGUUUGUCAUCUAGAACCAGUGUGUUUCACAUGUAUGAUGAUGUUUUAAUGACUCAGUAAACUACACAUUGAGAAACAGGACUUUACUGUGUUAUAGUUCCACACUCUGCCUAUAACUAGUGUUCCUAUUUUCCUUCCCCACUCCCAGCAAAAUAACUUGAGAACUGGCUAUA